GGAGUGAAAGUGGAAGGUUCAGAUAUCACUGCUGCUGACGACGAUCAGGAGGGCACUGCAGCGUCGGCGAUCCUAUAUGAGGUCACUGAUUUUGUGGCCUUUGGAUCUGGAGAACCGGUGAUUCCGAUACCUUUUGAGGCUGUGAACUACAAUGAAUCUAAUAAAUGGUCUUGUUUCUUGACCACGACCAGCGAUCUCACGCACAUGGCAGGCUACUAUAACUUAACGAUCAAUGCAACGGACCAGACAGAUCCAUACAAUUCAGCACAACUAAUUGUUAGCAUGCAAAUCACCGACGCCAACGACUACGAGCCCAUCAUCAACAUCGAAGGAUGUUUAGCUGAUAAUGAUCAGCAAGUUAACAUCUCAGAG